GGGCGUGUCGCGCCACACCUUGCGCGUAACCGCGGGCCCCUCCCCCUGUCUGGGUCGUGGGCGUGUCCGCUGGUGUCUCGCUCGACGGUUUCCGGCCCGGCCGGCUGUGCAGCGGGAGCGCGCCUCAUUCUGGGCCCCUCAGUCAGUCAGUCACAGUCAGGCGCACGGUCACAGGCAGUGUGCGCGCCGCGCUGCCCCGCUCUCCCCUCACUGACUCACACCCGCAGCAGCCAUGGGGAACAGAGUGGCCCGGGAGGACUUCGACUGGGUGUACACCGACCAGCCGCACGCAGACCGCAGGAAGGAGAUCCUGGCCAAGUAUCCUGAGAUAAAGAGGCUGAUGAAACCGGAUUAUAACUUAAUAUGGAUCAUUUCAACGAUGGUCCUGACUCAGCUGGUCGCCUUUUACCUGGUGCGGGACCUGGAGUGGAAGUGGCUGAUGUUCUGGACAUACGUGUUCGGCAGCUGCAUCAGCCACUCCAUGACCCUGGCCAUCCACGAGAUCUCCCACAACUGUGCCUUCGGAAACAACAAAGCCAUGUGGAACCGCUGUUUCGGGAUGUUCGCCAACUUGCCCAUCGGCCUGCCUUACUCCAUCUCCUUCAAAAGGUACCACAUGGACCACCACCGCUACCUCGGCGGAGAUGGCAUUGAUGUAGACAUUCCCACCGAUUUCGAGGGCUGGUUCUUCUGCACUCCUCUGAGGAAGCUGGUGUGGAUCGUGCUCCAGCCACUCUUCUACACCAUCCGACCGAUCUGCAUCAACCCUAAGCCCAUCUCCCGCCUGGAGAUCAUUAACCUGGUCGUGCAGUUUUCCUUUGACGCUGUGAUUUGCUACCUCUUUGGGGUGAAAACCAUGGUCUAUAUGCUGGUGGGGUCCAUCCUCGGCCUUGGGCUUCAUCCGAUUUCAGGACACUUUAUUGCUGAGCAUUACAUGUUCCUAAAGGGACACGAGACUUACUCCUACUACGGGCCUUUAAACUACCUAACCUUUAACGUCGGCUACCACAAUGAGCACCACGACUUCCCGAGUGUUCCAGGCAAGAACCUGCCGCUGGUGCGGAAGAUAGCGGCGGAAUACUACGACCCCCUCCCGCAGUACACCUCCUGGGUGAAGGUCUUGUACGACUUUAUAAUGGACGAUACGCUAAGUCCGUACUCCCGCGUGAAGAGGGAGCUGAAAGGAGAAAUAAAGCAGGACUAACUGCAAGACUAUAGUACUCUUAUAUAUUGGCUUCAGGGGGCGCUGCCAGGCUUCCUAGCCCUAGAAUAUGGACUUCUUACGGCAAGCAGGCUGAAGUAUGACCCUACUGUUUCCGGGCCUUUGCUCUUACACUCCUUGUUCUUAUCCUGUGUAAGCGACACCAGAUGGGGCCCGAUCACAUGCACAGUAGAAGCAGGCCCCAUAUUAUGGGGUAAAUCAAUAUUCCUGAGAUUACAGCCAGUCCGUUCAUUAGGAACUAGUGAGGUGACAGAGGCAUGAGGUGCCUGGGUGAGGUCACUAGUUCCUAUUGAUAUGAUAGGCUGCGCUCUCACGGGUGGAGAUGUUUUGCACUUAGUCUGAUCAUGGGUUUGGCUUGUUCUCUGGAUAUGUUGCAGAAAAGGUAUAACUAAUGAAGUGCUGCCCCAGCCCUGCCGUAUCCAGUUCACAUUGUUUAAUUUUGGUCAGCCAGCACAGUUCUCUGUAUACUAUAACCCCACCAAGGGGACACUCUCUCCACGCUGUUUGUUAACCACACAUAAUCUUAUCCGUCAAGCGCAGGUUGAAGUGAGCACAUAAAAAUAAUCUGUCCUUAUGUGUAUUGCAGCUAUAAAACAUCCACGUAGCACUGCCCUGUGUGUUGUGCUGCGUUAAUCUUAUCAGCUGACCUGCAUCACCGGGCACUGGGUGAGCGAGCUAUGGACUGACCCGAGAGCUGGCACUCUGCACUAACCUGCCCACUAAAGCCUCAGAACACUUACUCUGCAUAAACAGGACACAGUUAGUUACAAAGUGAAAGUUACAUUAAUUGGGAGUUGGCUACUGGGUUCAGAGAAUCGAGAUAAGCACACGGGAUUGUCUAGAUCGGAAUUUGAACCUAAAAACCCCUCUUCAGGUGUUUUCUAACCACUGCGGGUGCAUUCAUGCGUGUAUUCCGGGACAGAGGGAAGAGCACAUUAUAAAUAACGGGUGAUCGGUGUUACACAUUUCUCAUUCUAUUCUAGCAGCUGGGAUGGUUUAUUUUUGAGUUCUGUUGUAUUGCAUAUGGCUGCACCAGUAAGAGCAUGUGCAGCUUCUAGCACCUUAACUACAGCUUACAGAAUAAUUCCACCCACAGCUGAAAGUGUCGUUUUGUGAGGGACGUAAUAAGUUAAACACCCGCCCCCCACAAAACUACACCCCCCCAAACAUGUCUGCUGCACUCUGCUCCCUUCUGCUCUACGGCUGUGUGGGCUCGGGCUGAUAUGACUGCGGCCAUCUUGGCGACGUGAGACGUCUGUUUUUAGUAGCAGCUCUGUUAUCCCCCUUAUCCGUAACGUGAGCCGCCUCAGUCAGCGGGUGCCCCCGGGUGUUAUAACACCACAGUUCUGAUGGGAGUUGUACUUUGGUUAGGUAUGUAGGCGCUUUAUAUUUUUACUUGAUUUCACUUUUCUUGUCACCAUUAUUUUGGUUUAGGCAUAAGCUUAUUUCUGGCUGUUGGCUGGGGUGUGUCUCUCUAAAUACUAAUAUUGCAACUGUGGGCAAUUAUAUAGUCCCAUAAACCACCUCACCCUGCUGCUUACAUGUGCACCUAUGUUUAUGGGGACUCGCGCUGCAGGAAAGGUCUUGUGCGUCCUAGGACAAAGUGUGACUUUACUGAUGUCGGAAAUUGGUCAGUUCGGAUCAUAGGGAGCUACUAUAGUGAUCACCUAUAAUUAGCCUGUAAUUAGGGCUCGGUGUAGACUCUUGGGAUGUGCACUAUGAGACUUUAUAUCUGUAGUAUAAACAACGAGACGCAGAAGGGAGGCAUUACACCCUCGGGCUCCUUUUGUCACAGCUGACGCCAGGUCUUUGCACGUCGAGCAGAGGUAAGCGCCCUAACCUCUGACACACUUGGGGAAAGAGCCCUCCUGUCCUGGCAGGGAGACUUAGAACCAUACAGAAAUAAAACCUUAUUAUUUAAAUUGAGCAGUGGUUCUAGUUAAUGAGUCUGUAUCCUGCGCUGUGAAAUCCUGUACAAUGACGCAUUCCGUAUCUGUAAAACACGGGCGCUAAUUAUAAAGGGCAGCGGGAAAACCACGCUGCCAUUUUUGGCGUUAAUAAUAAGAAAAAAAAUGAAACCAGGGCCUGGUUCUCCCUCCGCACAUACGCGUACGCCUGUGGCGUUGCAAGGGAUCGUGCUGGCUGCGGUUUGUUCUAGUCAUGAACCUCGUUGCUCCUCAGAUGUGGCGUGCACUCAUCAUGGUUCUUUUGCAGCCAUGUAACACGGCUCCUUGCCAGGCCUGACACGCGUGUGUGGUACCCACGAUAUACAUCCUCCCUCGUCCGCUGCGCUAGACGCCUACCACAUUACAUUAGCUUUAUUUAUCCAGAUCACUGUGCCGGUAUAUCCUGUAACUGUGUAUUAAAUUGUAUUUUUGUUAAUCAUGAACCCACACAGAGCCGAGGCAGCCAUUUGUGGACCGGGCCAAUGUUCUUGAAAGUGCAUUCACUUUUGGCAUCACUGAGGCAAUUAAGUCUCCGCCCACAAAAUGGCUGCCUUCACCACGCGUAGCCUGUUUGUUCUGUUCCCGUCUGCUGCUUCCUUUCCUUGCCUUGUUCUGAAGAUGUUAGACACUCUGUAACUAAUCAUUGUAGCUAUGCAGGCUGCUCCUGUAACGUGAGCGGACAUAUUUACCUGUUCUAGUCCAAAUGGUCGAGAAAGAAAAGAUCAGCUAAAAUGAUUUGUUUACCCGUGAACAACCCUCUUUACUUGAAUCCACAUCGUCGUCCUCAUUAAUGAUUUCAUUUCAAGCUGGCCCAGGACUCGCCUGUUAAAAGCUGCUUUUGUAACUUUGUCAGUAUUAAAAUGUAUUAAAUAGAAACUUUUUCUUUUGUU